CACCACUAGCUGGCCAAUUUCAAGCACAUGUUACAGAGUAUCUUCUUCUUACAGACACAAUAGAUGAAAAUAAUGUCAAGAGAUUGGAUCAUAGUAAAAUGUAGCAAAAUAAUUAGUAAGUCAUGAGUUUUGAGCCUUUAUGACCUGUGCUGUGACUACAAUGGGUUUAGUUAUAAGUGUGUAUAAUUCGGUUGUUAAUAAUGGCUAUGCUUAACAACUGGCUGGAAAAAAUCCUGAAAAUUUAGCGGUUGAAUCUUGUGGGCAGGUACAAGGCGGCUUCAGUACACCCUCUGAGUCUUGGGGACCCAAGACUGGAACCUGAACAGGCAGGCGAUGGGAAUAAGGACUCUCUCAGAUUAGGAAGAAGGGCCCUAGCGCUCAUCUCACACUGGUCCUCAGUUCAGCCCCGGGCGGUCGUUGAUGAGGGUCUGGCCUGCAUGUGUGGGGGGCAGGGGGUGGCACAGAGGGGCCCCAGCAGACAGGAGAGAGAGCAGGAGAAAGGAGAGAGCGAGAGAGUAGGUGCGUAUAGCGGAGACCCGGCCCAGUCCCUGGUACUUUAGUUGAAGAGGAUCUUCAGUUUCCUUUGUUUUAGUCCUACACAUUCUUUUAAAAAUUCCACAAUCCUGGGCUGUGGUUUAAAGAAAACCUCCCUCCUCCCCUCCUGGCAAACCGAAAGCAGAAAUGGAGGGAGCGGGGUGGCUGCAGCCACUGACCUUUACCUCCCAGCCCCUCUCCCGCCCCUUGGUUUCUGGGAACAGAGGCCCAGAGCCGAUUCCCCGUGGGGCGCGCCAGGAACUGCUGGCGCCCUGGGUCUGCACCCGGCCUGGGCAGGCACGGCUCUGCGGGUGCCCCCCCAUAGCUGCCCCUUUCGCUUGGGCGGAGACAGAGACGGGGAACCUGAUUCUGACCCACAUCCUCUGGCCAGGCAGUGUCCACGGCUUUGUGGAUGUGAACAGACCUGAGCCUCAAAGGCACCCCAGGCGCCCAGGCUUUCGGAAGAUGCUCACGGUGGCCGUGUGGGUGGCCCUGCUGGGCUGCCUGCAGGCCCAGGAGCUCCAGGGACAUGUCUCCGUAAUCCUGCUGGGAGCUACUGGGGACCUGGCCAAGAAGUACUUGUGGCAGGGACUGUUCCAGCUGUACCUGGAUGAGGCGGGGAAGGGCCACCGUUUUAGCUUCCAUGGGGCUGCUCUGACGACCCCCGAGCAGGGCCAGGAGAUCCUGGCCAAGAUCCUGGAGUCCCUCUCCUGCCCCAAGGAUGUGGCCCCUGAUCGCUGUGCCGAACUCAAGGACCAGUUCCAGCGGCUGAGCCAGUACCGCCAGCUGAAGACAACUGAGGACUAUCUGGCCCUGAGCAAGGACAUUGAGGCGCUGGUCCAGCGGGAGGGCCUCCGGGAGGCUGGCCGGAUUUUCUACUUCUCGGUGCCCCCCUUCGCCUAUGCAGACAUCGCCCGAAGCAUCAACAGCAGCUGCCGGCCAGGCCCCGACGCCUGGCUGCGGGUCGUCCUGGAGAAACCCUUCGGCCACGACUACCUCUCAGCCCAGCAGCUGGCCACGGAACUCGGGAGCUUCUUCCAGGAGGAGGAGAUGUACCGGGUGGACCAUUACCUGGGCAAGCAGGCCGUGGCUCAGAUCCUGCCUUUCCGGGACCAGAACCGCGAGGCCCUGGACGGCCUCUGGAACCGACACCACGUGGAGCGGGUGGAGAUCGUCCUGAAAGAGACGGUGGAUGCUGAAGGCCGCACCAGCUUCUAUGAGGAGUACGGGGUCAUUCGCGACGUCCUGCAGAACCACCUGACCGAGAUCCUGACCCUGGUGGCCAUGGAGCUGCCCCACAACGCCAGCAGCUCGGCGGCCCUGCUGCAGCACAAGCUGCAGGCCUUCCGGGCGCUGCGGGGCCUCCGGAGGGGCAGCGCCGUCCUGGGCCAGUACCAGGCGUACGGCGAGCAGGUGCGCCGGGAGCUGCACAAGCCAGACGGCUUCCAGAGCCUGACGCCGACCUUCGCAGGCAUCCUCGUUCACGUGGACAACCUGCGCUGGGAGGGCGUCCCCUUCAUCCUGAUGUCGGGCAAAGCCUUGGACGAGAGAGUGGGCUACGUCCGGGUCUUGUUCAAGAACCGGGCGUUUUGCGUCCAGAACGAGCAGCAGUGGGCGGGGGACCGGAGCCGGUGCCUGCCGCGGCAGGUCAUCUUCCACAUCGGCCACGGUGAGCUGGGCAGCCCUGCCGUGCUGGUCAGCCGGACCCUGUUCAGGCCCGCCCUGCCCUCCGGCAGCUGGAAGGAGCUGGAGGGCCGGCCGGGGCUCCGCCUUUUUGGCUGCCCUCUGUCCGAUUUCUAUGCCUACAGCCCUGUGCAGGAGCAGGACGCCUACUCCAUCCUCAUAUCGCACAUCUUCCAUGGCCGCAAGGACUCCUUCAUCACCACGGAGAACCUGCUGGCCUCCUGGGUCUUCUGGACGCCCCUGCUGGAGGGCCUGGCCCACGAGGCCCCGCGCCUCUACCCGGGGGGAGCGGAGAACAGGCACCUGCUGGACUUCGAGUUCAGCGGCAGCCAGUUGGCCUUUUCCGUGCAGCAGGCUGAGCAGCUGGUGCCAGGGCCAGGUUCCGCUCCGCUGCCCAGUGACUUCCAGGUCCUCAGGGCCACGUACCGAGACAGCCCCCUGGUCACAGCCUGGCCCGAGGAGCUGAUCGCGAAGCUGGCCGACGACAUCGAGGCCGUGGCGGCGAAGGCGGUGCAGCGCUUCGGCCAGUUCCACCUGGCGCUCUCGGGCGGCUCCAGCCCCAUCGCCCUGUUCCAGCAGCUGGCCUCGGGGCACUACAGCUUCCCCUGGGUCCACACGCACCUGUGGCUGGUGGACGAGCGCUGCGUCCCGCUCUGGGAUCCCGAGUCCAACUUCCAGGCCCUGCAGACGCACCUGCUGCGGCACGUCCGGGUGCCCCACUACAACGUCCACCCCAUGCCCGUGCACCUGCGCCGGCGCCUGUGUGCCGAGGAGGACCGGGGCGCCCAGGCCUAUGCCGAGGACAUCUUGGCCCUGGUCACCAACGGCAGCUUUGACCUGGUGCUGCUGGGCAUGGGCACCGACGGGCACACGGCCUCCCUCUUCCCACAGUCUCCCACCGGCCUGGACGGCGAGCAGCUGGUCGUGCUGACCGAGAGCCCCUUCAAGCCGCACCACCGCAUGAGCCUCAGCCUGCCCCUCAUCAACCGCGCCAGGAAGGUGGCGGUCCUGGUCAUGGGCAAGCUGAAGCGUGAGAUCACCAUGCUGGUGAGCCGCGUGGGCCGCCAGCCCAGGAAGUGGCCCAUCUCGGGUGUCCUGCCCGAUUCCGGCCAGCUCAUUUGGUACAUGGACUACGAGGCGUUCCUGGGAUGACGGUGCCUCCGCCCUCUGCUCCCUCCCGUGCUGUCUUUCACCUGUCCUGUCCCCUCCCCUCCGAGUCCUGCCACCCGCCCGCGUGCUCCGGCUCUCUGGAAUCCGAUGCCUCGGGGUCAGGCCCUGGGAGAGGCCCUACCCCAACCAGUCCCUCUGACGGCCCCCGUCUAGUUGUGAUGGGCAGAUACAGAAAGAAGGAAGACACAGAGGCUCGAGCGGCGCUUCAAAUCCAAGGCAGGAGAGAAACACCCACCCAAAGACGAGACCUGCGGCGGCUGCACGUGAAUGUCACCAGCAGAAAACAGGACAGUGUGAAAGCCCCGGUUCCAGGAGCAGGCAUGUGGCCGGCCACCGGGAGCUGUUGGGGAGGGGGGGCCUGCGAACUGGCCACUGUGAAGAGUGGACAGCAGAGAGAAGGGAGCGCCAGCCGAGUAGGCGCUGGGCGCUGUCCGGAGCGCUCGGGCUGCUGCGGCCCUCGCUUCCUUCUGAGCGUCCGACCUUCAGCCUCCUGCCCUGUCCACCUGCUCAGAGCAUCCUGUCCCUUUCUCCUCAGUCCCGACGGUGGUGCCACCCCCGUGUCGGCUCUGUGCCUUGGCUGUCCCCCAGACCCUCCACUCACAGACAGGUGGAGGACAAUGACAGUAACACAGCCACAAAUACCAGGUUGUUACCACAGUGCCAAAAACCUCGUGACUUGUCGGGAGCCCUCCCUCAGCAGUGCACUCUGCGUGGGGGGCCGCCGGUGCCCCAGCUCUUCAGGGAGGACCCCGUCCCCGCUGUCAAACGCGCUGGGCGCAGGUGCUCGGGCCACUCCAGGGAGCCCUUCUUUAAGGGGGGGCCUUUGCAUCUCAGGGGACUUACUGGCAGGUGUUCCCACUCUCAGUGCCCUCUCUCGUUUAACCGGGAGACCCAGUCACAUCUGUCUUGGGGGCAAAGAUGCGUCAUCAAGCCCCAGACCGUCCAGACACUGAUCCGACCCGACGGGCCAGGCCUUUAGGGGGCAGCCAGGGAGCACAGUAGCGUUGGCUACCGCCCACCUUUCUCGUACUACCUCUCGGUGGCUUCCAGCCUGCUGACCUCCCACCUGCUGACCCCCCCCCCCCCCCCGCCACCUCUCGCUUCACCACUGACGCGUUGCCGGGAGACUUGGGGCACAGACCGGCAGCUUCUCCUUAAGAAUAAGUUGGGUGCUCUGCCCUUGAGAAGUACGAGCCAGCACUACCUGUUUUCCUGGAAGCCCCAGGGGGUAUCUGAAGUGCUUUUAAAAAAUCAAAAUGAUCAGUUUUUCCUUCAGCUUCCCACAGAGUCAUGUCCCCAGGCUGGGACCGUGCCCCGUCCCCUGCCCACACUGUGCACCAGGUAGAUGGGAUGUGCCCAUGUCAGGCUGAGGGCUCUCCUCGGGAGGCAGAGAGUCUCGGAAUCUGUGUCUUCACUUCGGACUGUUCG